UGUACAUAAAUAUAAUGAUAAUGUAAUUGCUUUAAAACCUACUACUGCGCUAGCAAACGUGUAUUCGCGUACACAAAUAUCUACUUCCACUGAACAUCAACCACGGUUUAAAGGUAAUUUCAUCUUCAUCACGACCAAAUAUCUUUGACAGUAUGCUGGACGAGCAAGCGGGUGGUGAGCACCCACAUGUCGAACUGUUCGAUUAUCAGGAUCUUCAAUUGUAUCUCCCAGAGUACUUGGAAGAGGAUAACGGCUACGUUGGCGAUGUCAAGAGACGCACAGUCAGGGAGAUUACAGAUUAUCAGAUAUGGAGACAAGCGUGGAAAAAUUACAUAGUUGGACUGCUUAUGCACCGGGAGAGUUUGAGGGGCGAAUUGAAAGUAUAUGAGCAUAAAAUCCGGGAAUACAAUAAUCAAUUCUCGUGGUGUACAGUAUAUAACUACGACAUGGAAUUCCGAACUUUGGUGAUGGAAGGAAAGGUGCAGAGUUUCACACAUGUGAAUGUCGAGCUAUACGAAAAGUGGUUCAUUAUACCACAGGGCCGGGUGCAGCGCACUUUAGAUUCGAUCAAAAAUAGGAAGCUGCCGGCUCACGUUUUCACAGUGGCCGACAUUCCAGAGGCUUUGGGAAUCAGCAGACAGAGGGGAUGGGUGAUAUGGGUAGUAGCAGAUACGCUGCAUCGCAUAGACGAUACAUUGAAUGGAUGCUUGGUGCAAAAGAUGCUCAAGGUGCCUAUGUUACGCACAUUGUGGCUUUCACAUGAAAAAUCGAGAAUUGGAAUUCGAGCCUAGGUGUAAAGAAAGCACUGCCUACUUACAAUUACACAUAUGUGUCAGCGAGUAAGAAAGGUAGAAGUUUGACAUCAGACGACUUCGUGAGAUAAUGGUUUUGAUCGAGGAUGGCACUCCGAUUUGUAAUCGGGCAUAUUCUCUGAGUUUCCGGGAAACAUCAAAAACAAUACUGGUGUACACUGCAAAACAUGACCACUGACGGUUGGAACAGCCAAAAUUAACCUUUUGGAUACACUGCCAGCACGAGAGCCUCCAAAGAGGAUAGAGGUGAUUUCUGAGCUCAUUUGAGGGAAUGUUUAGAUAAUAUUGCGACUUGCAACGUUGUGGGGGUGAACAUGCGCCCUAUACAAGAAUCCAAGGACGCGCGAGUAUCGGGUAUGGGCGUGCACCCGCAUGCAGAGUGGGUGACAUGCCCCUGUGACUGUUGCGUGAGUACUCACUUAGAUUAUGCCCCCGUCAGGAUUGCUCAUGCGAGCAUACCGCAAAUAUAUUUAGAGUAUUUUGUGCAUGACACGGAAUAUUUAAAAAAAUGAAAUAAAAUUGUUGGUUUUGCGA